GUCGUCCGGCGGUGGGGGUGGACGGCGGUCUCCUGGUCCGGGAAGGGACAGGGGGACGCGGGGCUGACGCCAGGCGUCGAGAUGGACAUCCUCAAAUCCGAGAUUCUGCGGAAGCGUCAGCUGGUGGAGGACAGGAACCUGUUGGUGGAAAAUAAAAAGUAUUUCAAACGUAGUGAACUGGCCAAAAAGGAAGAAGAAGCAUAUUUUGAAAGAUGUGGCUACAAGCCUAUAAAUGAGAAGCCUUCUGGAGAGAUACAGCCAAAGGAGGAGGACCAGAAACCAUUAACUUCAUCGAAUCCAGUAUUAGAACUUGAGCUAGCAGAGGAAAAAUUACCUAUGACUCUUUCUAGGCAAGAGGUUAUUAGAAGACUGAGAGAAAGAGGAGAACCAAUUAGACUUUUUGGAGAAACUGAUUAUGAUGCUUUUCAACGUUUACGGAAAAUAGAGAUCCUCACACCGGAAGUUAACAAGGGCUUGAGGAAUGAUCUAAAAGCAGCUUUAGAUAAGAUUGAUCAGCAGUAUCUCAAUGAAAUUGUGGGUGGCCAGGAACCUGGAGAGGAAGACACACAGAAUGAUUUGAAAGUUCAUGAAGAAAACACCACCAUUGAAGAGUUAGAGGCACUGGGGGAAUCUCUAGGGAAAGGCAAUGAUCAUAAAGAUAUGGACAUCAUCACUAAAUUCCUGAAGUUUCUUCUUGGAGUUUGGGCUAAAGAAUUAAAUUCCAGAGAAGAUUAUGUGAAACGCAGUGUCCAGGGUAAACUGAACAGUGCUACUCAGAAACAGACAGAGUCAUAUCUCAGACCACUUUUCAGGAAGCUACGUAAGCGGAAUCUUCCUGCUGAUAUUAAAGAAUCAAUAACGGAUAUUAUUAAAUUCAUGCUACAGAGAGAAUAUGUGAAGGCAAAUGAUGCUUAUCUCCAGAUGGCCAUUGGGAAUGCGCCGUGGCCUAUUGGUGUCACUAUGGUUGGGAUCCAUGCUAGAACUGGCAGGGAAAAAAUUUUUUCCAAGCAUGUUGCACAUGUUUUAAAUGAUGAAACUCAGCGGAAAUAUAUACAGGGAUUGAAGAGGUUAAUGACCAUUUGCCAGAAACACUUCCCUACAGAUCCAUCAAAAUGUGUAGAAUACAAUGCACUGUGAAAUCUGUGUGCUGUGUGUAAGUAACAGUGAGAGAAUGAAGAGCUGCAGGACACAGCCUUCUGAAAUUACUGCCAGGAAUGCUGAAGCAAGAAGACGACGCAAGUUUCAUCUCUGGGUUGUAUCUGAAACAACUGCUAAUUGACUUUAAGAACUGUGUUGGCUUUUCCUGUGAUAAGAGCUGCAAAUUGAUUUUCGUGUCUUACCUUUAUUUCCAGUCAUUCAAAAAUUGAAUUUUAGAGGCUUUUUCCAAAAAGUUUAAAGGUGUAAACAGUAUGCUGUUUAAAUUAUCUUUUCCAGUAACAAAAGUUACAGUUAGAUAAUUAAAAGGGAAUGUUGAUGGACUUGCUUCUGUAAAAUAUGGUAAUUUGCACAUUGUCUUUUGUCUUAUAUUUAUAGAAAAUAUUUUUAUAUAUUUCAACAAAAAUUUGGAACCACUGAAUGAAACUUUAGAGUUUUCUGAACUUUUGCAGUCUUGCAGAAUUUUAAUGUUAUUACUGUUAAUUCACGUAUUAUUUUUCUUGCAUUUCAAAGUUUGCUUUUAUAGUCAAGUAUAAAUUUUAUUAUUUGUCAUCUCUCAAGACACGAUUAAUGAACGGGAAAUAGAAUUUUGAAAAACAGAGCUGGUAUCUUGCACCCACAUUAUUUUAAAACACAAUAAUCCUAGUACAUUAACAUCCAAGAUAAGAGAUCUAGCUAGACAGGGUAGCUAGACAGCAGUGAGGAGACGAGGGUGAUGCUGGUAGACCUGUAGCAGUUUUGUUUCGAAUUACACUCCAAACAGCAAGAGGGUACUGAUGCUGACCUCACUACCUGAGGCAGCAUGUUCUGGCACUGGUUGUCCACAAAAUCACAGUCUAGGUGAGGGUGUAGUCUAGCUCCUAUACAGUGUCAUGUUAACUCAUUGUGACGGAUCAGUGUACCUUGGAAGUUGAGAGGACUGCUUUGACACAGUAAUUUGAGUAAAUGGGAUAUUCUUAACCAGGUGCAGAAAUUUCCUACUUCAGAUUCAGCCCCACAUUGAUUAACUAUAUGGUUUUGGGUAAAUGAUUCAAUCUUUGUAAGCCUUGGCCCCAUUCUUUCAGUCAUAAUAGUGGGGUAAACCUUAUGGCCUAGCAGGUUAAUCCAUCCCUUGGGACAUUCCUGUCCCAUGUCAGAGUUCCUGAUUCUAGUCCUGGCUACUCCCAUUCCAGUCCUGCUUUUAGCUAAAGUGCAUCUAGCAAGGUCAUAGAUGAUGGCUUAAGUAUUUGAAUCCUUGCCAUUUCUGUGAGAGAUGUGAAUGAAAUUCUGGGUUUGUGGCCUGGCCUAGCCCUGAUUGUCAUGGGCAUUUGGGGAAUGAGUCAUCAGACAGAUCUUUCUCUUUUCCUUCCUUCUCUCUGGUCUCCGUGUCUGUCGUUUUACUCUUCAAAUAAAUAGAAAUGUUUGUCUCGAAGAAGAAUAUUGCA